AUGUAUUUGACAUUUCUUGGUUUGCUCGCUUCGGCAACGACAGCACACGCGCGAGGCCAGUGGGGUGAUGAUUAUGACGGCGGUGGUCCCGGAUGGGGCUACUACUACGGUGGCUCUGGUAACGAUGACGACGGCUUCGGAAGCGGCUUCGGGAGUGGGAUUGGCAUCGAUUAUGCUAAAGCGACUCGAUAUCGCACUGCCCAUGGAGCCCUUGCUGCGCUCGCCUUUGUGGGACUCUUUCCCAUCGGGGCCAUCAUCAUGAGACUGGUUCCCGGACGGCUGACAUGGCUCGUUCAUGGUAUAUUUCAGCUGAUUGCGUAUGCCGUGUUUAUAUCUGCUGCGGCUCUUGGUAUAUACCUCGUGCGCAUGGUCCGUAUUCCACCAGAUGGACGAUCCUUGCUUUCCAUUCCUACAGCGAAUGCUCAUCCAAUAAUCGGCAUAAUUAUACUAGUAGUCCUCUUCUUCCAGCCCGCCCUGGGAUGGUUCCAUCAUCUCAGGUUCAAACGUCUAGGAUGCCGCACUGCCUGCUCACACGCCCAUAUUUGGGUCGGCCGUAUCGCAGUCACACUGGGCAUCAUAAAUGGCGGCCUUGGGCUUCAGCUGGCCCGCGCCAGCAGGCCGGCCGUCAUUGCAUACUCCGUCAUUGCCGCCAUUGUGUGGCUUACGUGGGUCGCUGCAGCCGUCAUUGGCGAGCGUAGACGCCGCAGCAAUGCUGUGCCUACCGCAGCCGCUGCCGGUGCCGGUGGGAGGAGGCUGGGCGGCCGCGACCCGCGCUCGCCGUACUCGUCCGAGCCAAUCAAUGGCGGACCGAUCUACACCAGGCGUGACGGCAGAGGCGUGGAGCUCGGAGCCAUGAAGCGUGGACGCGGAAGCAGUUCAAACUCCUCCGUGUCAUCAUACUCUCCACGAAGAUGA